AGUGUGUGUGGGGUCAUUUGUUGCAGUUGUCCAGGGUACUCUACAGACAAGUCUCUACAUGUAGAUCCUGUGAAGGCUGCUGCAGAGAAGGCCUUGCAGGACGUUGCUGUCAAUAAUCCAGAAUUGAAAUUGCUUCAUGAUCCAUCAAAAAUUCUCCCUGACGCCAGUGAUAGUAUGAUCGAGGGUGUACAUUUUUAUCAGAAUUUGAAUCCUGCUGUGGUUUUGAAUCCUGAUAUGGUUUUGAAUCCUGGUGUGGUUAUGGCCGGUAUGCGCAGGAUGCACGAGGCAUCACUGGCACUGCCAGUGCAUGUUAAUCAAGUAGAACCCAUUCGUUCGAUGCGCCUACAAGAGGUGCAUAGACGUACAGUCAACUCACCUAGACAGUUUCAAGUGAGGCCGGUCCAAUGGUUCAAUCACAUUGUUCAGCUCAAUCCCAGUGAUCGGGACAGGGCUGAAUUUGUACAUCUCUUUGCAAAUCCACAACCUAGAGUUCCUGAAGACAUUCCUGAACCAAAUGUUGGCAAUCCGCCAAACCAAUAGCUGUGGUCCAGAUAUCGAAGAUUCCUGGAACCAUCACGGAUUCUUAUUAUUUCCUAUUUUCAUUCCAAUUAAUUAUUGAUA